AUGGGGGAGUGGAUUGUUGGAGCUUUCAUCAACCUCUUUGGAAGUAUUGCAAUAAACUUUGGGACCAAUCUUCUCAAAUUAGGGCACAAUGAGAGAGAAAGACAUUUACAUGGAAAUGAUGGGGUAAAUGGAAAGAUGACUCUGAAGCCUAUUAUAUAUUUCCAGAGUUGGAGAAUUGGUAUCAUAUUUUUCUUUCUUGGAAAUUGCCUUAAUUUCAUUUCCUUUGGAUAUGCUGCUCAGUCACUUCUUGCCGCAUUGGGAUCUGUUCAGUUUGUAUCUAACAUUGCCUUUGCUUACUUUGUCUUGAACAAAAUGGUGACAGUGAAGUAUGCUAAAUUUGAACCGAGACUACUGUUUAAUUUUUCCUUUUUCACCAACUCUGUUUUAGUGAUGUGA